GUCUACCCGAGUCUGUUUCUACUACUUCCGGUUUCAAAGUCCAGCUGAGCGCUGGGAGUGAUAACACCUCACCGUUAGAGAUGUUUCUGCAGGAGCUCCUCAGGUCAGGGUUUACUUGUUGUUCCACGCUGUGAGAGAUCUCGGAGACAUGCAGCAGUCCGUGGAGGCUUUGGUGCGCGUGCUGGAGACAUACAGAGGGAGAGAUAAGAUUAUCCGGACGAUGUGUUACGGCUCUCAGCUGGUCGGAGGAGCUCUCUCCCGUAAAGCAGAAGCAAACCUCCCGUCCCAGGAGCUCGGGAAGAGUCUGCUGCUGUUCUCUGCUCAGCUCAGCCACUGCAGGAUGGUGCUGAGGCUGUUCGAUGAUCUCUCCAUGCUGGCUUACUCUCACAGCUAUGGGUUCGGAGGCAGGGAAGAGGAUGCAGGCGUGCGCUGGAUCUCAGUGUUGACCAACGUGGCCGAUCAGCUGUAUUACCCGUGUGAGCACAUCGCGUGGGCAGCAGACGCCGAGCUCAUCAAAGUGAAGUCUGAUAAGUGGUGGCUGCUCUGCACGGGGCUGUGGGGAACGUCCCUGCUGCUGGGAAUACUCAGGUCUCUGCGAGUUCUGCUGCUGCUGAAGAAGAAGCUGAAGAAGCAUGGGAGGGAUGGAGGAGGAAGCAGUCGCUCUCAGCUGCGCAGACAGAUGCGAGGGGAGCUGCUCUCAGUCCUCAGCAGCAUGGCCGACCUCAGUAACGCCGUUCAUUGGAUGCCGCCCGGCUUCCUGUGGGCUGGGCGGUUCCCCAGCUGGCUGGUGGGGCUGAUGGGUACCGUGUCGUCUGUGGUCGGGCUGAUCCAGAUGAGCAGCGGUGGCAGCAGUGAUGAGACGGACAGUGUGCAGACUUUACAUCACAGUGAGGAGUAGUGAGGGGGUUUGAUGGGCGCUGAUGGAGGAAGAUUCUGAGUAAAAGGAUGUGAAUGUGGUCAGACUUCACUUGGAUCAUCUGUGGGAAUCAAAUUUGAUCUUCUACUAAUAAAAAAAGAACAAUCACAGGGUGUACAAUCCCAAAUCAAUGAAAAACUCCUUACACUUACAAAUUCAAGAGCUGAAUCUGAAGGCGAAACAUCCUCACUUCUCCUAGAUUAUCUGAAAGUAAUGACUUUAUUUUUGUGUUUAGACGUUCAGUAGUAAGAUGCAAAAAUGAUCCAUGAGAUUAGUCCUUCAAAUGUUAUCAUGUAUUAAAUGGUGAUGAUUUUUCUCAGCCAUCUUUGGUAGAAAUGUUUCUCAGACAUUAAGUUUCUUACGUUGCAUUCAUGGACAGUGUUUGCAGAAAGUGGAAGUUUGGUGCAGCCAGAGCUACUCGUUUGCCUGAAGAGCACAAGACUGCUUACUGUGUGUAUCUUUGUUUUCAAUAUGCAAAGCAGUCUGAGUCCUGUACCUGUUGAUCCUUCCACAGAGUGUUAUUCUUAACUCCAGGUUAGAGCUAAGAGGAGGCUCUUGAGCUCUACAUGUUUGAUCUCAUGAGGAGGUCAGUGCACAAGACACUAAGUUUGAGGAGUAUUGUAUAGAAAUUGAAGCUUAGUGGUGAUUUUAAGAGGAGCACAACAGCAGUGGACUGACUGGGUAAUUAUUGCCUUAAAUGCACACUCCAUAACCGACUUUUCAAGAAACGUACUUUUUUUUUGUAUUAAUCCCCAGGGGGGAAAUUCAAUUUUUUCACUCGUGUUGUUUUUUUUUUGGUCAUGGGGACGGCACUAGCUCAGUCCAUAGGGACCUGGCUUGGGAACCAAAGGGUCGCCGGUUUGAGUCCCAGUAUGGAUGAAGUUUGGCAAGUGGACUGGUGGUUGGAGAGGUGCUGGUUCACUUGCCUGGGCACUGCCGAGGUGCCCUUGAGCAAGGCACCGAACCCCCAACAGCUUGGGGUGAGCUGGUUGAUGGCAGUAUCCUCACUCUGACAUCUCUUCCAAAGUGCAUGUCCACUGCAUGUGUGUGCAUGAUUGUAUGUAUACACACCAAAAAACUGUGCGUGUAGCAUGACCCAAAAAAAAACAACAGGAGUGAAAAAAUUUAAUUAAUAAAAGUAAGUUUCUUCUUCUUCAAUCUUGCAUUUUAACACAAAGUGAUUCAUUAACUGUAAAUGAAUUGCAAUACUUUUUUAACAUGAUACUUGAAUUCUAAUGUUUGAAGAUGAACUUGGUGUAUGUUUAAAGAAUGUAUUAUCUUAAAGCUGCACUACAUCAUGUAGUUUCACUCUGUUUCCUCUGCUGUUAUGCUGAAUUGACAUAUUUCAUACAGAUCAGCUCAUAAACAGCAAUGUUUUAUAUGAAAUCUCGUUUGUUUCUCUCUAUAUGUUCAUGAAGCUGCUUUGAAUUUAAACUGAA